CAAGUGCGGUGCUGGCAGCGCUCCCGGCCCUGCGGUGCCUGGCGAGCUUCCCGUGCCGCCCUGGCACUGAUUGUUUUCCCCAGCGCAGGGAGACAGGUCAGGACACAUGUGGCCCAUCAGCAGCAGCGCCAGGCCUCGCGCGUGCCGGCUAUCACCACGAUCUUGUCCCACGUCCAGCACUUUCUUCCCUUCUCAUCCCUCUCCUCACCUAGGCACAGGGAUGUAUCUUGUUACUCCCUGUCUGGGGGGCAGAGGAGGUGGCAGGGGGCCAAGGUGCGCUGGGGCAUGCUUGGCACACACCAGGGGGAAGAUGCUCCCUGUGCAGCCGUGCCCUUGGCUCCCACCAUGCCGGUGUGGGUGCAGCCAAGCCAGUGCCCUCCCCACAUGUGGGGCAUGGGACCCCCCCCGUGUCCUCCUUCCCGGUGGCUGCUCUGGGGAAGGCUGGGGGACGCCAGGGUGGCAGGAGACAGUGCUUGGGGCUUCUUGGUGUCAUAAGAGCUGCCGUCGCCGGGCUCUAAGUACUGACGCCAGCAAAGGCAUCCAUACAUCUGCUCCGGGCUGGUGUGAAUCAUCUCCCAGCAAUGCCCGUGGCCGCACUGCCCAGCCAGCCUGGCUGCCCUGCCGACCGACCGGCACUGCCCGUGGCACCAGCCAAGUGCAUGGACAGAGCUCAGGAUGAGCUGGGGUGAUGGGGACAUGGGAGGACAAUGCUCAGGACUCAGCUGGGGUGAUGGGGACAUGGGAGGACAAUGCUCAGGGCUGAGCUGGGGUGAUGGGGAUAUGGGAGGACAAUGCUCAGGGCUGAGCCGGCAUGAUGAGUACAUGUAAGAAAAUGCUCAAGACCAAUCCUGGGUGGUGGGGAUGAUGUUUGGGGAUGAGCUGCAUCGAUGGAGAUGAUGCUCAGGGCUGACCCAUGAUGAUGGCGAGGUGGCUGAGCAUGGCAUAGAGCGGGCCAUGAGCCAUCAAGCAGCAUGUGGGCACCGUCUGCCUUGCAGAUGGCAUGGGGUUGGCAGGCACUGCUCGGGCAUGGCAGUUUCCCUGCCAGGAAGAGGUGUGGAUGCACUGCUUCCUCUGUGGGGACCAGAGCAGCCUGCAGCCAGUGCCACCCAUGGUGUCCGUGUGGCACGUCAGUCCCACGACCCGUGGGAGGAUGCACAGGGUGAGCCACCGUGUUUCACUUCCACACGGAGCGAGCCUGGGUCACCCACACAGGGCUCGGGGCGAGGAGGAGGAGGAGGAGGAGCAGAGGAGGAGCCGUAGGCUGCAGCCGCCCUCCCCGCCUGCACCCCAGGAGUCAUUUGGCCUUGGUGACCAGGUCUUGGUGGCAGCAGCCCCGGCUCCGGUCAGCUCACCCAGGGAGCAGCCUGGAGCCUGAGGAGCGCAGCAUGGAGCCGCCGGCUGAGCCGGAGGAGGAAGUGCCCAUCACCACGGCACCCGGCCCGGCAGGAUGCCAGCUCUUCGGUUACGUGGGAAUUGAAGCUGUGCUGGACCAGAUGAAGAUCAAAACCAUGAAGACGGGCUUCGAGUUCAAUAUCAUGGUUGUGGGGCAGAGUGGGCUGGGGAAGUCGACAAUGGUGAACACCCUCUUCAAGUCCAAGGUGAGCCGCAAAGCCUCGCAGCCCGGCCAGGAGGAACGCAUCCCCAAGACCGUGCAGCUGCAGUCCAUCACCCAUGUCAUUGAGGAGAAAGGUGUGAAGAUGAAGCUGACGGUGACAGACACACCAGGGUUUGGGGACCAGAUCAACAAUGAGAACUGCUGGGACCCCAUCAUCAAAUACAUCAACGAGCAAUAUGAGAGAUACCUGCGUGAGGAGAUACUCAUCACCCGCAAGAGGAAGAUUCCGGACACCCGGGUCCAUGGAUGUGUCUACUUCAUCCCUCCCACAGGUCACUGGCUGCGCCCACUGGACCUGGAGUUCAUGCGGCGGCUCAGUAAGAUCGUCAAUGUGGUGCCGGUGAUCGCCAAAGCAGACACACUCACACUGGAGGAGCGAGCAGAGUUCAAGCAGCAGAUCCAGGAGGACCUGAAGACCCAUGCAAUCAGCGUGUACCCCCAAGAGGACUUUGACCAGGACCCGGAUGACAGGGUGCUGAAUGACAGGAUUCGGGAGAAUAUCCCCUUUGCUGUGGUGGGAGCAGACCAGGAGCACCAGGUCAACGGCAAGCGGGUGCUGGGCCGCAAGACCAAGUGGGGCAUCAUUGAAGUGGAGAACCCGACACACUGCGAGUUCCCCCUCCUGCGGGACCUGCUGAUCCGGUCCCACCUGCAGGACCUGAAGGACAUCACCCACAAUGUCCAUUACGAGAGCUACCGCGUGCGGCGGCUGAACGAGAGCAACUGCCCAGUGCUGAGCCCCCUCAAUGGGCUGGCCAGCAAGGGCGAGGCUGGCAGCGACCUCUGAGCCACCGCGUGUCCCCCUGGAGCCACCCC